ACUGUUAUACGUUUCCUAGCAACCAGGACGCCUUAGCAUCUGCUCGCUAGUGCCAGCGACACAGGAGGAACAACACGCGUGUAAUUAUUAAAGUUAGAAACAAGCAGGAGAGAGUAUCCCUGGUAAUAAUAGUGGCUGACAUGUAGAAAACCGUCUAUGUCGCAUUCCACCUACUCCAUUAAGCCCUGGAUAAUAUCUGGCGUCUCUACGGAGUACGAGUCACCCACUGGCUUGUAGUACCAAUCACGAGUGGAGCAGAGAACAGGCACAGUUUGCCCACUGUCCCGCACCAUGGCUCAUUCAACCCAGAGAGAUCGCCCGUCAGUGUCGCCUAAAAGUUAUUUGCACCCACUGCGGGACGAUGUGACCGUGGUGGAUCCAUGCUCUGGCUUUGUGAGUCCCGGGGCAGAUGCGGAUAUGAGGCCGGGAACAGGGAAAUCCAUCCCGUGUCUUGUGGAUGACAGCGAGGUGAGACCUCAGGAGGCUGACCCUGGCCAGCAGCGCAGGAGUCAUCACCUGCACAAACUGAGGUGUGUAACAGCGCCACCUGGUGGAGCUGAAACCCGAAAAGCCCAGUACAGGCCCAAGAAUGUGUCAUUUAAUGGGACCUACGAAGCCGCUGUCCUCAGUGAUCUUGUCCAUAAGUCUGGCACACUGUGGAAUUCCAUGGCCAGAUCGGAUGCAGCACUCAGAGCAACACUGGGAGGUUGGACAAGCAAAAUAAAAGCAGUUCCUCAAGUAACUCGUGGACCUGGUACAUCAUUAACACAGACGUUUGUGCUGCAGCAGUCAAAUGAUGCUGCGUGUUCCAGAGAUGACAUUGUCAGAAAAUUCAUGUAUACAUCAUCUACACAGAGAGCAUAUGAAGAAGUUCCUUGGGACAUGAAGCUCCCUGCAAAGCUACAGCCGCCUGAGUCAGUAAGAGAGAAAAUGCCUCUUCCCUUCUCACAGCAGUUUACUUUGAAAAGAUAUGACCUUCAACCUGAAACCUCACAAGACACUGGUGAGACAUGGGACAGAUUACAAAAAAGGAUGUUUCACGUAAAUAAAAAACCUCUUACAUUCAUAUCGCCAUAUCCUCAUAUCGGCCACAUUCCAGGUUACUGCGGCUUGUCUGGUUCUGUGAAUUCAGAAGAUGUGGAUAAUCCCAAUACAUCUUUCAUACCCUUCACUAAAGUGCGAACUGUACAGCCUCGCUACUCCUACACAGCUCACACUCCAAACAUCCCUGGAUACACUGGCAGGGUUCAUUGGAUGGCUAUCCACCCAGCAAAUUCUAAUCUUCCAUCUCCCUUUUUAUCUGCAGACACAAAAAUGAAUGGAUCCCUUUUUGGAAGUAGGACUGGAACUACAUUUCAACACCAAGGACCUCUUUCAAAAAUGGUUACCACCGUUUCACCACACAAUCCUUUCAACAAGGUGGAGAAACAAAUGAUUGAGUAGAAUACCAGCAGAAAAUAAAAUUAGAAAAAAAGCAGAAAAUAAAAUUAGAAAAAAAAUAAAGAUCCAUGAUGUCUUCAGUUGUAUUGAGAACAACCGAGGGUGAUAAGUGGUAUAUAUUCAGAUUGUUAAGAUUUAAUAAUUUCUUUUUUCUUUCAUUUACUGUAUAUCAAGCUCAGUGUAUAAUAUAUUUUUUUACCCCAGCCCAUAGUGCAAUUUGUUUUUAUUUUCUUAUGGAAUUUGUACCAUGGAAUUUUAUGGUAGUUCUAGGUGGUUACACCAAUUGCUUUCUUAGUCACUUCUCUUUAGAAGACUUGCUGCUCAUGUUUCCAUAUUUGUCAUUCACA